GGGAGAGCUGUGCAGGUGACAAGAGCCCACCUGGGCAGGCGUCGUCCAAGAGGGCGCGCACGGCCUACACGAGCGCUCAGCUGGUGGAGCUAGAGAAGGAAUUUCACUUCAACCGCUACCUGUGCCGGCCGCGCCGGGUGGAGAUGGCCAACCUGCUGAACCUCACUGAGCGCCAGAUCAAGAUCUGGUUCCAGAAUCGCCGCAUGAAGUACAAGAAGGAUCAGAAGGGCAAGGGCAUGCUGACAUCAUCAGGGGGCCAGUCCCCAAGUCGCAGUCCCGUGCCGCCCGGCGCUGGCGGUUAUCUUAACUCUAUGCAUUCGCUGGUUAACAGCGUCCCGUACGAGCCCCAGUCGCCCCCGCCUUUCUCCAAGCCCCCCCAAGGCGCCUACGGGCUGCCCCCCGCCUCCUAUCCCGCUCCUCUGCCCAGCUGCGCGCCCCCGCCGCCCCCGCAGAAGCGCUACACCGCGACAGGGGCGGGCGCGGGGGGCACACCCAACUAUGAUCCGCACGCGCAUGGCCUGCAGGGCAAUGGCAGCUAUGGGACUCCACACUUACAGGGAAGCCCCGUCUUCGUUGGGGGCAGCUAUGUGGAGCCCAUGAGCAACUCUGGCCCGCCCCUCUUUGGCCUAACUCACCUCCCCCACGCCGCCUCGGCUGCCAUGGACUACGGGGGCGCUGGGCCGCUGGGCAGUGGCCACCAUCAUGGGCCCGGGCCGGGGGAGCCGCACCCCACCUACACGGACCUUACCGCCCACCAUCCUUCUCAGGGAAGAAUUCAGGAAGCCCCCAAGCUCACCCAUCUGUGAUGGUGGGUUCGGGGCUGCGCGCCAGGAGAGUCCCCACCCCACCCCCGCUACCUACCUUUCUUCUUCGUUUGCUUUUUUUGUUUUGUUUGUUUAAGGUUCUUCCCGCCCCUCCCUUUUCUCUCUCCUCCGCCCC